AUGGACGAAGAGGAGAACGCUAUCGAGGACGAUUUACACGACUCGGAGGUGAACUGCCCCAAAACGCACGCUGUUGUGGAGAGUAAAGCUGAGAGCGACAAGGACAAUCAGCCGGCAGCAAAGGUUGCUGGAGAAGACCAAGAAAUGCACGUAUACAUCUUGCUUGUCUGCGUUAUUCUUGCACGCGUCUGCGGGUCGUGGUUCAUCUACUUAUCCGCGCCGAGUUCACUCGAUGCAUGGGGGAUGUAUCGCAGCAUGAUCCUGGCCGAGCACGACAAGUACAACGCUGUGGAGUUGGAGCCUGUGGGCUCGUGUUUCGUCGAGCUGACUCCCAGCAUGGUUUUCAAGCCAGCUCGUGUCUGGACGAGUCUGGAGGGUCUGGAGCUCAGUUCUGGAGUGUCUGGAGAGUCUGGAGCUCAGUCUGGAGGAGUUCUGGAGCUCCAGUCUCGUCGCAUGUUCCCCAGUCUGGAGCAGCAACACUGUAGCUGGGACUAG